AUGGUUUCUUGGAGCAAAGGUGAAGGGUCCUCGAGCCUACCCAUGGUUGGGGCUGAGAAACCCAGAUGCAGUACUGACGAUCCUCACCCCAUUGAAAGCAAAGCUAAAGGUUGGCAAAAUGAUAUAUAUACUCAACUAUGGCUUGCAUGCGCUGGUCCCCUGGUUAAUGUUCCUCAUGCUGGGGAUAAGGUUUACUACUUUCCUCAGGGUCACCUUGAACAGGUUGAAGCAUACAUGAACCAGGAUGAUAAUGUGGAAAUGCCCAUCUACAAUUUACCUUCUAAGAUUCUUUGCAAGGUUGUCUAUAUUCACUUGCAGGUUCUAUUUGAAUUUGCAUGA